CGUUCCUGGAAGUUAGUCACUCAUUAUGUACUCAGCUCAAGAAGAAACAAAUCAGAAAAAGCGGCAACCAGUGCCUUCGAAUCGUUUGCAACUAUUCAACUUAAAAUCCGGAUCAGUAUUCCUCAAGUUUGCCCCAGAGACAUCUAAGGAAUAUCUGAGAUUAAAUGACUUGAAAAACAGAUCGUUUAAUGCAAAGCGGUUUCCAAGACUCGUUUUCGAGAAGAACGCCAUUGACAAGACUAGAGCCGGGCUUAGUAAACUGAAAAUCCUAAAUUGUUGUGUUAAAAAAUCAAACAAAAAAACCUUUUUACGAGAGAUUGCGUUCCAGGAAGUCAGUCACUCAUUAUGUACUCAGCUCAAGAACAGACAAAUCAGAAAAAGCGGCAACCAGUGCCUUCGAAUCGUUUGCAACUAUUCAACUUAAAAUCGGGAUCAGGAUUCCUCAAGUUUGCCCCAGAGACAUCUAAGGAAUAUCUGAGAUUAAAUAACUUGAAAAACAGAUCGUUUAAUGCAAAGGUUAGUGUAGCCAUCAGAGUAAAAAACUUUAAAAAAACGGUUAAUAAAAAUUUUAGUUAUCUUGUCCAGCGGUUUCCAAGACCCGUUUUCGAGAAGAACGCCAUUGACAAGACUAGAGUCGGGCUUAGUAAACUGAAAAUCCUAAAUUGUUGUGUUAAAAAAUCAAACAAAAAAACCUCUUUACGAGGUCGUGACGAUCGUACUUUCAACAUACUAAAGUUCUGAUAACAAAAAAUGACAAAAAAGUGACAAAAAAUGCUUUUCCAUUCGACUAAAUAAAUACAUUUUCUAAAAUGUUUAUACCCGUUACUCGAAGAGUAAUGGGUAUACUAGAUUCGUCGAAAUGUAUGUAACA